GUAGUUGUGGAAAGAUUAAUCAGUGGCCAAAAGGGAAAAGGAGAAGGUUCAUCCAUCUCGAGGAAAAUCAUUGGAACGAUAUUUAACGAUUUCAUAUUAAAAUCGUUGGUCCACACUCUUACUUUCCUGCGAUCCAAACUUGCUUUCUGCGACUUUCUCAUGUUCUUGCGGAAACGAUCAUGUCAACCGUUAGCUUGAAGCCUCUGUUCCACCUUUGCUGUAGACAAAAUGCAGUCAAUCGUUUCAAAUCAAAGACAUUGAAGCCUUGCUUUGUGAAUUGCUCUUCGAAGUUCGUCGGCUCCCAUGUCAAACGGUUCUGCAACUUCCGGUCACCCUGCAGUUCUCCGUCUCCUCCUGUUGCAGCUGCAUCUGUAGAUGCAGCUAAACUCGAGUCAUUUCAAUCAGCUGCUGUGUUCUUCGACGAAACUUUUCCCAUCAGCCGAACUGAUAAGGUGGAGGGUAAGAUCUUUGUAAGAUUAGAUCAGGGAAAGGAUUUGAAUGAUUGGGAGCUUACGAUAGCUUGCAGUCUACCUGGAAAGUGGAUUCUUCACUGGGGAGUUUCCCUUGUUGAUGACGUUGGCAGUGAGUGGGAUCAACCUCCUCGUGAUAUGAUACCCCCUGGUUCUGUUCCUAUCAAGGACUAUGCAAUAGAGACACCCAUGAAGACAUCAUCGACUUCUGAAGGAGAUACAUUCCAUGAAGUCAGGAUUAAUAUCAAAUCCAACAACCAGAUUUCGGCAAUUAAUUUUGUGCUGAAGGAUGAGGAAACUGGAGCUUGGUAUCAACAAAAAGGAAGGGACUUUAAAGUUCCUCUUAUCGGCUGCCUCAAGGAGGAUGCAAAUAUAAUUGGACCUAAAAAGGGAUUUAGUUUGUGGCCAGGGGCCUUGGGGCAGCUAUCUGAUAUGCUGCUGAAAUCAGAAGCAACACAUUAUGAAGGUCUUGAGAACAGAAGCCAAUCCAGAGUUCCUGAACAAGAAAAUCAUCAGCUAGAAGGUUUUUAUGUAGAACUGCCAGUUACAAAAGAGGUUUCUGUCAAUAACUCCAUGAGUGUCUCCGUUAGAAAGUGCUCUGAGACAGCUAAGAAUAUUUUAUAUUUAGAAACAGAUCUUCCUGGAGAUAUUGUCCUUCAUUGGGGGGUUUGCAGGGAUGAUGCUAGAAGGUGGGAAGUUCCACCUGCUCCUCAUCCACCAGAAACAGAAGUAUUUAAAGACAGGGCUCUGAGAACAAAAUUUCAGCCAAGCGACCACGGAAGAUGUUCAGUACUAAUCACCUUGGGUGAAGAAUUUUCAGGGUUUCUUUUUGUGCUUAAAAUAAAUGAAAAUGCUUGGUUAAAUUCAGAGGGAGAUGAUUUUUAUGUUCCUCUUUCACAUUCUAGUGGAUUGCCUAUUGGAAACAGAGUGGAUCCGUUAGAAGGAAUGCAGAGAGAAGCGAUAGAAGAUGCCAGUGAAAAGGCUUCUAUCUCUGCAUACACUGAUGGAAUAAUCAAUGAAAUACGGAAUUUGGUGACAGACAUCUCCUCUGAGAGGAGUCAAAAGACAACAUCUAAAGAAGCACAGGAAAGCAUUCUUCAAGAAAUUGAACGACUGGCUGCUGAAGCCUAUGGUAUCUUCAGAGGCUCUGUUCCAACUUUUCCGGAGGAGACUAUUGUGGAAUCAGAAACCCUGACACCACCUCCAAAGAUAUGCUCAGGUACAGGAACAGGGUAUGAAAUAUUAUGCCAAGGGUUUAACUGGGAAUCUCAUAAAUCAGGAAGAUGGUACACGGAGCUUAAAGAGAAAGCUGCAGAGCUUGCAUCCCUUGGUUUUACUGUAAUUUGGUUACCGCCACCUACAGAAUCUGUUUCACCAGAAGGAUACAUGCCAAAGGAUUUAUAUAAUUUGAAUUCCAGAUAUGGAAGCAUUGAUGAACUAAAGGAUUUAGUGAAAAGGUUUCAUGAAGUUGGGAUCAAAGUUCUUGGAGAUGCUGUUUUAAAUCACCGCUGUGCCCACUCUAAGAAUCAGAAUGGUAUUUGGAACAUAUUUGGAGGUCGUCUAAACUGGGAUGAGCGGGCUGUUGUUUCUGAUGAUCCACAUUUUCAGGGAAGGGGCAACAAGAGUAGUGGAGACAAUUUCCAUGCUGCUCCAAACAUUGAUCAUUCACAGGAAUUUGUAAGAAAGGAUCUAAAAGAAUGGUUACGCUGGUUGAGGGAAGAAAUAGGGUAUGAUGGAUGGAGGCUUGACUUUGUCAGGGGGUUUUGGGGUGGUUAUGUAAAGGACUACGUGGAUGCAAGUGAACCUUACUUUGCUGUAGGAGAGUACUGGGAUUCCCUCAGUUAUACAUACGGUGAAAUGGAUCAUAAUCAAGAUGCACACAGGCAGAGGAUCGUUGACUGGAUCAAUGCUACCAGUGGUACUGCUGGUGCCUUUGAUGUUACAACAAAAGGGAUUCUUCAUUCUGCAUUGCAAAGAUGUGAAUAUUGGCGAUUAUCUGAUCAAAAGGGAAAACCCCCUGGUGUUGUUGGAUGGUGGCCCUCUCGUGCUGUUACCUUUAUAGAAAAUCACGACACUGGUUCUACCCAGGGUCAUUGGAGAUUUCCCAGUGGAAAAGAAAUGCAAGGAUAUGCUUACAUUCUUACUCACCCAGGCACCCCAACGGUGUUCUUUGACCAUAUGUUCUCUCACUAUUAUAGUGAAAUAGAAGCACUUGUAUCGAUCAGGAAACGAAACAAGAUCCACUGUAGGAGUACAGUUCGAAUUUGUAAGGCAGAAAGGGAUGUGUAUGCGGCCAUCAUUGACGACAAAAUUGCUAUGAAGAUUGGACCUGGCCAUUUUGAGCCGCCUAAUGGGUCUCAAAGAUGGUCCUCAGCCCUUGAGGGAAGAGACUAUAAGAUUUGGGAGGCAUCAUAAGUACUGACCAAAUCACACCAAAUGUAUCUUCUGAGAGAUCCUUCAAGUAAAUUCACUGUACAAAAUGAUUCUUAGAUCAAGUAUAGAUCAAGUCAAAGCAUGUCAAAAGUGGAUUCUUUUGACUUGUAAGCAUUUUUACCUAUCAUCAACUCAAUUUGCUUAAUCUCCAGUCUGCAUGUAACAUUGUCUCAACAGAGAGAGAGUCUAAAUACCGAAGCACAGGAUACUGUAAUGGGAUGGUUGUAUAGCAGAUAAGUCAGUCAUGCCAUACUGCUGCAGAGAAUGUGUGAAGACUUGGAGCCAUUAAAGAAGCAUUAUGGAGCAGGUUGCAGAGGAUGGUAGCAUUUUGGCCAAAUGCAAAUUCAUCUGAAGUGAGUUGUAUCAUACAUAGUGUACUUUAUAUUUCAUAAUUCACAUCAACUGUGAACAUGAUUGAAAUGUAUUAUUGGCAUGAAUGCUAACUUUAUUUUAUUAUAUGAACGCAGGGUAUAUGUGUAUAAAAUUGCUGUAAAAAUUCUUGUUCUUUUUUUAUUUUUCACAUGUUUAUAGACUUUCUUGAAUGCUGUA